GAUCAGAAGUGUGUCAUAAUUGCACCAGUGGUGUUUACUGGUUCUUUCCUGUAACACAGGCAAACUUUGCAUUCUGGUCAGGAAGUGACUGUGUGUGUGUGUGUGUGUGUGUGUGUGUGUGUGUGUGUGUGUGUGUGUGUGUGAGAGAGAGAGAGAGAGAGAGAGAGAGAGAGAGAGAGAGAGAGACGAGAUGGCGGAGACACAGAGCUUCGUGGAGGUGGAUUUGUCCUUUCUCAAAUCUAAACGAGGUUUACUGAAAAUCACAGAACUGGUGGUACUGUUCGUGGCGUUUGUGUGUUUCGCAGUGGCUUCGCGGCCGCCCUACAUCUCAGCCACUUGUAUGGAGUUCAUCAUCACGCUCGCUCUGCUCAUCCUCUACCUCCUGAAACUCCACAAAUCUCUCAGCUUCUUCUUCUGGCCUCUGAUAGACGUCUUCAACUCCUUCUUUGCUGCACUCUUCCUGUGUAUUAUCAGCCUGGUGGCCGUGUCCACAUACACUACCACGGGCACUUUAGUGGGAGGGAUCAUGGGUUUUGUGGCUGUGGUGUUGUGGUGUAUCGAUGGUUAUUACAUCCUCAGGAAAAUCACCUUUAACCAGAUGAUGAAUCCAGUACCUCAAUAAUACUGUUACAGGAAAUCUGUACAUCAGUUUAACACACACACUUUACACAUGUCUAUAAACUAUACUCUCUCUCUCUCUCUCUCUCUCUCUCUCUCUCUCUCUCUCUCUCUCUCUCUGCCUGUCUGUCUCUCUCUCUCUCUCUGUCUCUCUCUCUCUCUCUCUCUCUCUCUCUCUCUCUGUUAUAUAUAUAUAUAUAUAUAUAUAUAUAUAUAUAUAUAUAUAUAUAUAUAUAUAUAUAUAUAUAUAUAUAUAUAUAAAACAAUGUAUAUUAAUAUAAUGUGUGUUAUGGAGUAUUAAAAACUUGUGGAAAUGUCCUACACUGGAAAUAUCAUGUUUGAUCUGAUUAUAAUAAAAUAUUUUAUAUAAUGUAAAUAUAUUCCAUAUUAGUUUGAGCAUUUAGAGUGUUAUUUUAUACUUUACUGAGCUUUAUAUAAGACUUUUGUUAACACAUUUGUCCCUCGCUGCUGUACACACUGCCAAUAAAAGCAUUCAAACAUCUCUGAUCAA